UGGGAAACGAUGAGAAAGAGUGUUUUGAUUGUCAAGACAGCCAGCCCCACAGAGAGUGGCAGGACUUUGAAUUUGUAACUGUUCUCUUCUAUAAACCCGUAGACCUUUGGAGGGCUGCAGCUCCAGAGAUACAAAUUGCAUUCAGCUUGGCCUGUAUUACAUGCUGUGUUGGGUACUCGUGUGAGUCUAGUGCUGUAUGAGAAAUGGAAUUGGGACAGAAAAGUUUAAGCAUUAGGGAAACCUGGGAGUCCUGUCUGCUUAAUUGUGAUGCCAGAAUAGAGAGAAUCACAAAAAGUGAAGAUUAAUAUUAACUGAAUUUCGGGCAACUAGAGCAUGCGUGGCAAACCGUGCAAACAGAAGGGAAUGUUUCAAUAUAGGUAAUUAUUCAUUCUUCUUUCUAUUUCAGAACAAUGAAAAUGCCAAUUCCAAGCAGGAAUUGUAAGAAAUUUCAGUUUUUGUGCAAAUUUAUUACUUUGGAAGUUUUACUUCAGCUUAGAAUAAGUUUUGACACGCUGGAAGUUCCCAAAGAGGAGGAAUUCCAACUUUCUCACUGCUGCAAGUCCACAUUCAUUAAUUUUCAUGGUUUUUUAUGUGCGGGCUCUCCUCUGUGAGUUAUAAAGGCUUGAGCAGUAAAGCCAAAAUCUUUACUGAGGAUUUGUACACGGGUUUUGGAUAUGAAAGAACAAUGUACAUGGACAAAAUGCACCAGGGCCUCAUUGAUGCCAUUAAGCCCUUCUUGGAUUAUUAUGAGCAGGUUGACGGGGUGUCCUACAGGAAAGCCAUCUUCAUCUUCCUCAGUAAUGCUGGUGGUGACUUAAUUAAUAAAGCAGUGCUUGACUUCUGGAGCAUUGGAAAGCAUAGGGAAGAUAUUCAGCUGAAAGACCUUGAGCCCAUGCUGUCUGUGGGAGUCUUCAGUAACAAGAACAGUGGACUGCGGCACAGCAGCCUCAUGGACAGGAACCUCAUUGACUACUUUGUUCCCUUGCUCCCCCUGGAGCACAAGCACGUGAAGAUGUGUGUGCAGGCUGAGAUGAUCGCCCACAGGCAUGAAGUCGAUGAGAAGGUUGUUCAGGCAGUGGCUGAUGAAAUGACAUACUUCCCCAAAGAAGCAAGAAUCUACUCCAAUAAAGGUUGCAAGACUGUACAGGCCAAGCUGGACAUCCAUGAAGACAUUGCAAAAGCCAUGGACUGAUUACCCUUCACCUCUCCAAAGCACUUUCAGAGCUUUUGGAAACUUGUCUAUUUGCACUUAAGCUUUUGCUUAAGCUGCUGUGGAGCUUCUGUUGUUUGUUUGUUUGUUUGUUUUUUUCUCCAGCCUAGUCUUUUCCCCCAACAGAUCUGUUUCCGUAUCGCAGAAGUGACUAUUUUGAUCAACAACAAAAAAAAAACUCAGAAAUUUUUAACAUCCUCAAGAGCUAUCUCCCAUCCUGCUUAGUAUCAGUCUGAAGUUCCCAUGCUGAUUUGUUCUAUUGUCAGAUAUGGAUUUAUGUGAAAUAAUCUUGAUUUCAGAUCAGACCUCUGCAGACCUUCACAGAAUUAACAAUGGACACAAAUUUUCUCACUGGAUGAUUUACCCUUGGGAAAUUCCUUUUCUUCAAGUGAACUUAAGGGACUUUUAAAGCCUUAGGAGCUCUUCUGCUUCUGUGUCUCAAAUCAGCCAUUUAAAUUAUAUAGACAGAAUUAUACUACUGAGAGAUUAGUAAAAUAUAACUAUAAAGAUUACCAGUUCUCUCCCAGCACUCUUCAUUUGCCUGUCUGGGUUUUGGAUGUCAUAAGAAUCAUAGUUUAAAAGAAGCUGAAGACAAAGGAGUGAAGUAAUAAACACUUGCUUACAAUGGAGGACUCAGACCACUGUCCCUCCAACCCUUUGUUUUAUGCACCUUCUAGGAGUUAAAGAACCAUUUCUAUUAAAGGAUUCUUCUUGAUGAGAAGCACAAAGACUAAAUCUAGAGGAGUACUUGCUAUUUUGCAAAAGACAAUAACCAAGGCUAUCAUUUUUUUUUCCUAGCGUGGCCCAUGGUUCUCUGAAUAAGGAUGAAACUCUCCUAGACAGAGAAUGCUAAGAAUGGUUAUUCUUAGUUCCUGAUGCAAGUAGAGGAUGUACUUCACUAAUUUUCAUAAGUUCCCUGAAUUGAAUUUGACUCAAGAUGAUUCUUCGUGUCUCAGUGGGAGCAAAGCAAAGGAAAUACAAGGGAAGACUAACACAACAGAAAACAAACUUUCUUAUGAAAAGAUGAACUUAUAUAUAAUUCUAUGAAACCUGGGUGCCUUCUGUGCUUUCAUGAGAAAGAUAUAGGAUUCAAAAUCCCAAUCAGCUGUCCAGUAAGAAUCACAUUUUUUUCCAUUAUGAGUAGAUCAGCGAUCACUUUUUUUUUUUUUUUUUUUUUCCCCCCCAUGUCAUGGGGCAGAUUUGUCCCACAAUCAUCCAGAGAUCAGGCCAGAAAAUUCUCAUGAUAAAGCUCUGCUCCUGCUGGCAUCUAAGAUUUGCAAAGGACUCAGUGGGGCAGUGAGAACUGGUGGGUGAAGAGCUCUUUGUUGAAGCCUUUCGUGGUGUUUUUUGUUGUUGUUGUUGUUGUUUGUUUGUUUUUUUUCCCUCCCUGCAACAGAAGAGAAAAUGGGGGUAUUGAGUGUUUGGUGGAAAGCAAAACAAAAACAUAACCAUGUCUCUACCAGGCCUGAAUCCAGCCCUGUGACAGUCUGUUUUCCACUGGCUCUCAAAAUUUAUGUAAAGAAUAAGGAGAAGAAUGUAACUGUUCCUUUGCAGCUUCUGCUCUGAGAAUGUUCUUAAUGAGUUCCCCUUUUUAACUCAUCUAAUUGUCCAUCCUACCCUGGCACUCCCUGUGCCUUUGAGACACCAGAGAUCCCAAGCAUCUGAAGACAUAAAGCCAGAGUUAAAUGGCAUUUUACAUUCCAGGAAGCUCCCAGAGAGCCACCAAUUUCCCCUCGCUCCGGGAGGCUUCAGAGAAUCCAAAGAACAGCCCCCACUUUUCUGGGGAACCAGAUCAAACCACAGCACCAAACAAGCAUGAAAUUGCCAAAUAUUUUCUUAUUGUCUUGGAAAAAAAAAUAAAAAUAAUAAAGACACUUCUAGUU